CACGCGUUUAACUCUCAGGAGCAAGCAAAGAAGAGGCACCGGCAUCCUCUGCCCGCACGGACCCGCAUCCCCCUCCCUGCUUCUGCACCCUCCGAGAGCCCCAUCACCGCAGCCAGGCUGGCAGAGGGCAGCGGCCGGGGACACAUGGGACAUCUCUGGAUGCACCAGAGGAGAGAGGCUUGAGAAGAGCAGGGGUCUCACCUUUUUUUUCUCCACCACUUUGAGGUCAUUCCCAUCACUAGUGGGCCUGGCCGCCCUCUCCUGUGGCCAUGGAGAAUUCUUCCCUCCCUGAGCCCAACUCUUCAUGUGCAAGUGUGCCCACAGACUGUGCCAGGAUAGGGGAUGGGGGGCUGAAUGUAUCUGCGCCCCUGCUGAAUUCCAGCUUCUAUGUCACAGUGCCCGUCAUCUACUCAGUCAUUUGUGCUGUGGGGCUGACAGGCAACACUGCUGUCAUCUACGUAAUCCUCAAAGCCCCAAAGAUGAAAACAGUCACCAAUAUUUUCAUCCUCAAUCUGGCCAUUGCUGAUGAGCUCUUUACCUUGGUGCUACCCAUCAACAUUGCUGACUACCUGCUCCUGCAGUGGCCCUUUGGAGAGUUCAUGUGCAAGCUCAUAAUCUCCAUAGAUCAAUAUAACACCUUCUCCAGCAUCUACUUCCUCACCAUUAUGAGCAUUGACCGCUACCUGGUUGUGGUGGCCACCACCAAGUCCAGGAAGAUGUCCUACCGCACGUACCGAGCAGCCAAGAUUGUGAGCCUGUGCGUCUGGUCUUUAGUCACAGUCAUCAUUCUGCCUUUCACUGUCUUUGCUAAGAUACACAAGGAGCAGGGGCGCUCCCAGUGCGUCUUCGUGUUCCCUCACCCUGAGAGCGUGUGGUGGAAAGGCAGUCGGAUCUACACUCUUAUUUUAGGCUUUGCCAUUCCAGUGUCUACCAUCUGCAUUCUCUACACCACCAUGCUGUGCAGAUUGAGACGUAUGAACCUCCGUAGCAAUGCAAAAGCCUUGGACAAAGCCAAAAAAAAGGUGACACUGAUGGUGGUUGUCAUUCUGGCUGUGUGUCUGUUCUGCUGGACACCCUAUCACCUUAGCACAGUGGUGGCCCUCACCACAGACAUCCCACAAACUCCAUUCAUCAUUGGGAUUUCCUACUUCAUCACUAGCUUGAGUUACGCCAACAGCUGUUUCAACCCUUUCCUCUAUGCCUUUCUGGAUGACAGUUUCCGGAGGAGCUUUCGCAAACUGAUAGACUGCAGAACCACCUCAUAAAUCCAACCUUCUGUGCCCUUCUGUGUCCCUCUCAGAGUCAUCUGCUCUUCCUGGGUGACUACACCCCAGAGAGUGCUUUCUUUCCAGCCUC